AUGCCUCUUCCAGUCUCACAUGCGAAAGUUGACCACGUUGAUGCCCUCACCGGGCGCCUCGCAGCAGUCGAACUGAAAGAAGAAGAAGAAGCAAGGAAUACAAGAGGCUUCAACCCAUUCGCACCUUACCUCGAGCAAGGCUUGCCCCGUUUUGUGGAACACUUGACUCGAGAAAUAAUUCCAGAAAGACUCAGCAGUUUGCGACAAACUCGUCAACUCCUGGUGGACGAAUCUUGCCCGCUCUACCGGGCCGGACGGGAAUUCCAGGUAAAACAUGGGAUCUCGGAGGCAAGCUUUCAGAAUUGGAAAGAAUUGCUGUGUGGAUGGCUGGACUUCCCAGUGAUUCUGUUACUCAACCCCAGUCCAUUUGAUGUACUGGGGUAUGAGCAAAUGGUUCAGCAAUCGCCAACGCUGGGGUGGUUGGAGAAAAACCUCGAGGUAUUGAAGCUUAAACUACACGACGUGAUCGUAAUGGAUACGUUUCCAAUGGUCACAGAUAAAUUGCUGGGGUCAAAACGGUUCGCAGAAGAUUUGGCUGAGUUGGUGACAGACUCGUUCGAGCUUACGUGGACGUGCCUACGGUACAUCCACCCGCAAAUUGUUAUUUCGUGCCAAUGCAGCAGCAAAGUCAGGAACGACAAAUGGGGAUCUUCUGGGGACCUUAGGGCGGAGGAGCUGUCUUCUUCGGAAGCCGGUGCGCGACAGGAACUGGUCAAGAUGAUGGAUGUCGACGGGCAUCAGAUGUUCGUGGUGCAAGGAGUUCACCCACAAUACGUGAUGCAGCAUAAUCAGAUGAUGGAAGAGGUGCUGAAGAAGUUGUUCACGAAAGUUCUGGGACCAUUCGGGCGGUGGAAAGAGCGGCGGCUGGCCGAACGGAGGGAGGCGGCCCGGGCGGAGGUUAUCCUGGGGAAGGAAAGCGUUAGGGAUGGGAUGAAAUCGUUGAUGAAGCAGAUGCAGUUGUUUAAUCAGAUCUGUAGGCAGGAGGGUAGAAACAGGGCCGAAUUAUCGGAUGCAGCGAAGAGGGUGGAGGAAUGGCGGAAGCAGAUAGAGGGUUGGUUGGAUGAGAUGGACGACUGA